UCAUAUUUUCUAAGUUCCCCUUUAUUUCUCCGAUUGUUUUACACAGUUCGUGAUCUUUGUGAAUCAAGUACAUGGUUGAGCUAGAAAUUCAGGUUCCGACGACUUUCGAUCCGUUCUCCGAGGCCAAAGAUUCCGGCGCUAAAGAUUAUGUGCAUAUCCGUAUCUACCAAAGGAAUGGAAAGAAAAACCUGACGACAGUUCAAGGCUUGUCUAGAGAAUACAGCUUGGAGAAAAUUCUGAAGUCUCUCAAGAAAGAAUUUUGCUGCAAUGGAAAUGUUGUGCAGGAUAAAGAACUUGGCAAGGUGAUUCAGCUGCAGGGAGAUCAGCGCAAGAACGUUCAGAGUUUUCUUGUGGGUGCUAAUCUUGUCAGGAAGGAUCUUAUCAAGAUUCAUGGUUUUUGAUUGAGUGAUCUUCUGGUGUUGAUGAUCUAUUAUUAUUGGGUAUAGGAGUUGUAAGUUUGAGUUUGGCUGGUUUGAUUUUGAUGCAAAAUUAUAGUUAUUGGAUGUAUUUUUCAAGUUUUAUAUUUAAUAAUGAAGAUGGGGUGUUCUUGGUUUGAUGUAA